CUGGGGCACCAGGGACACCUCCUGUGACCGGGUGACGAGCAGCGAGCCCCGGACCUCCCCGCGGACCUCUGUGCCUCUUCACCCACCCCCGCAGCAUGCGGACACCGACAGCGAUGAUCGUGGGGCUGGUCCUGUGUCCCUGCGGGCUCCUGCUGACGCUCACGGGCACACUGGCACCCAACUGGCGGCAGGUGAGCCUUAUACCCGACCAGCCCAUUGACCUCGUCACGGAGCAGGGCAUCUGGGACAUCUGCACGGAGAGGCAGAGCAGCCACAACCGCCUCUGCGGGCAAGCUGAUGAGCUGGGCUACUUCAAGCAGGUGCCUGUGCAGGUGGCCCAAGGGAUGAUGCCCUCCUCGCUGGUGCUCACUCUGGUGGGCUUGCUGGUGGCUGCCCUAGGGGUUCGCUGCUGGCAGGAGGAGCCACGGCACACGCUGGCUGGCGUGGCAGGGAUUGUGUUGCUCCUUUCAGGGCUGCUGAGCCUUGUGCCUGCCUCCUGGUACACCCAUGAGCUGUGGGCACUGCCCGCACCGGCUGGCAGCACACUGGUUGUAGGCUACAGCUUGGUGCUGAGCUACUUGGGAAGCUGCUUUGAGAUCCUGGGGGGGCUGGCCCUCGCCCUCAGCUUCCACCACUGCUGCAAGAAGCUCAGGGCCCCCAGCCUGCCCCCCAGCCCUGUGCUGGAGGCUGAGCCGUGCCCCACCACUGGGGCUUACCACAACCCCUGGGAUGUGUUGGAGGACGAGCGACAUGGACAGCAGGGGAGGAGCACCCUGCCUUGUGACUCUGACUUGUAGGCCUAGCACAGGGGCAGCAGUGGGCACUGUACCUGCCUGGCACUGAGAGGUGCACUGGCUCCUGCCCCUCCAAGCCAUGCCCUUCUCUUGGGGUACCUCAGAGCAGGCUGGAAACAAAACCAAGGGCUUGGCUUGAGUCUCUGCAACCUCCUCAAAAGCCUGCUGUGCUCCAGGUCCCUCAGCUGUGCCACAGUCGUGCUGGGUUGAGGAUCAGCCCUGGAUGCAGUCUCUCCAUGCAGCUUUUGGCUUCUCCUGCACUGUGCAGCGGCUUGGGCAAAGGUAGCUCAAGUGUUCCCACGUGAGUGUUGUAAAUAAAGUUCAGUCAGCUGAAUCCUUUUAACUGUAUUCUUUUGUACGAGUAGUUUUGCUUAGCAUGAGUAGCUAACAUUGCUGAAGCCUUAAGCUGCAAGCUGCAACCUAGAGAAGUUGAACUUGUCUUGAAUUGUUGCUUAGUUAUGCAAAAGGAGUCCCUGAGACCAGUGCAAACUGGAAGAUAAGGAAGCCAUGACCAUCAGCAGGAGCUGUAACCUAUCCAGAUAAAAGCUGCUAACAACCUGCCUGGAGACAGAAGAAGAAUCCAAUAAGGAACAAGAAGUCUCCAGAACAAAAAUCACAGUUCGACCAAGAGGCAUGUGCAAGGCACAUGAAGAACAGGUACAUAGAUUGUAAGGGUAUAAAACCCCAGGGAUUUCAUUGUUCCAGGUGCCUCUCCAGAGGCACCCAGCUCAAGCUGUCCCUGUGGGCCUACCACUCUAUUAAAUUUUCUCCUGGCAUUGGAUGUCUGACACUCUGCUGCAGGAAACCUAGGGCAAAGACCUUUCUUUAACAGGUUGGUGACCCAGAUGGGAUCCUAGGCCACCACUUCCACACCCUCUGGUCUCCAUCCAACUGUUGGCAUUGGGUGAAUUCUGCUCCUGGGACCUUUGGAGCCAGAGGCAUGAAAGGGUGAGUAUUAAAAACUCUCUAAGCAAAUUCAGAAACAAUGCUGUAGUGAGUUUGAGUCCCUCCCUUGCUGCAGCUUGCUUAUGGGUGUGCAGCCUGAUCAGCAUUAGAUGCUCAUAGAAGGGGUUUGAGUUCCUCUUAGCAGUAAGAAAUAACAUCUUUUAGAUACAGACUAUUGACCAAGUCUGUGAUGAAGAUUACCUCUAUCCGCACAUAGACUUCUCUCUGAGAAGGAGUUUAGAAAGCAAGAUGGCCCUUUCUAAAUCUUGUGUCUCCCUGACAGCGUUUUUUUUCUGGUAAUGGUGAAUAAAUUUGUCAUAGAAAAGGGGACACCCUUGGCCACUGUAAUGCAAAAUUGGGGAAAGAUUUAUGGCACAGCUCAAUUGUCUGAGAAGCAUGCAGUGGCCCUGUGCUGGAAGGAAUGGCCAUUUAUUACUAGGGAAGCUGGUGGGGCCCCCUCGGCAAUUCGGCCACCCCAUGAAACAUUCAGUCAGUAAGACUCACUUCUUUACAACACCACUUAGAAAAUGAAAGCCCUUGUCAAAUGGAUUGUUGGUACAUGUGGGAUAAUUGGGCAUGGGCAAGGAGGCAUCCAGCCAAGGGAAGAGGAAUUAGACCUGGGGUAACAGUUGUGGUCAUGGACUUUGACUCCCCAAACAUGUCCCACCCCACCUUUUAUGUCUAAUGCUCUUUCUCAGUUUUCUGAUUCUGCUCUGCUGCCAGAGUCUGUCCUCUGACUUCUAAUGUAGUGCCCAAUCCUGCUGCCAUGUAACCAGGAGUGGCAGGUGGAGCCCCACCUGUACUGCAUGUAUUUACUAACCAACCUUGGAAUCCUAGUGACGGCCCUAUGGGGAAGUAAAAUGCUGAGACUCA